AUGACGCAAGAGCGUGAGGCACCACCAUUUUCCACACCGAAUUCCGCUCGGAUCAGGCAUACUCCUGGAUCCAGCUCGAAGACCCCACAACUCGCACAAGGGUCACCAUCAAAGAGAUCAACCCCCAUCAAGCCCGAAAGCCCACCCUCGCGUACGCCAGGUAGCGCUCGGGCCGGGCCCGUCGACACGCCAGAGCAGAGCCGGCGAGCGCUCGCGAUAGCCGCGUCUGAGGCAUCACGUCGGCUGGCUCCAGCUCUCUUUCCACCGCGGUCGGAAAGUGCCCAGAGCACGACAGGGGAAAGGGAAGAAGGCGGGAAGAGUCUGAGAGCGAGGAAGGCGGUGAAUUACAAGGAGAUACCGCCGGAGCCAUUUCCUCCUGCAGACAGGCUGCACUUGGUUCCUCGGGCGGAAAAGACACCCGGUGCAGAAGCGAAGAAGAAAGCCCGACCCGCUGCUACAGCUACCUCCACAGACCUCACCUCUUUGACUGCCGAUGACGCGCCUCCAAAGCGUCGGAGCGGGCCUAAGAGUACUUCGACCGACCCCAAGGUACUGGCGGCCAAUAAGGUCAAGCGAGAGCGGUAUGCUGCAGAAAAAGCAGCGAAAGCAGCAGCGGCGGCCGCAUCCGGGACGGAUACAGCGGAGCAGAUGGCAGAAGGGAGUGCCAGUCGGGCGGGAAGCAGCUCUGGGGGAGGUGGCGGUGAAGGUCGUCCAGAGCUGGCUCAGGCGGGAUCAAGCGAGACAAGCGCUGCGAAGGGACCAAAGUCGGCCCCGGCCCCUCGCCCUCGGCCGACAAAAUCCAAAUCUGCUGCAUCGGCGGCCACGAGCCGGUCUGUCCCUCCCAGCGAUGGACCGGCGGAUACGACAUCCCAGCUGCCGGUACCCGGCUCGGAGAUGCAAGGGUCCCCCUCCUCCUUCGCCACGGCACGUACCAGCGCGACCAUCCCCGCACCCAGCGACCCCAAGGGGAAGCGCAAAGCAUCCGACUCUGCCUCAGCCGCACCCGCGGACGGAGAAGAGGCAUCCCGGGCCUUUAAGCGGAUGCGCUCCAACGGGCUUGCGUCCCCUGCUCUCGGACUGGAAAGCUCCAUCCCAUCCCUACCCGUUCUCACCCCUUCCUCUACCGCUGUGAGCCUCCCUCCACCGGUCCCGCCCUCUCCUCUCCCACGGCGUCAACCACCCGGCAGACAAGGCAGCUCUGCUCUCCCUGGCCGGACUGUGUCGCAGCAGCUCGAGGUAUACUCUGCCUCGGCGCUGGGAUACCAACCUCGGCAUCCGCUCAGAAGCACCAGCGGAACGUCCGAGCCGAGCGCGACAACGGCGCCUGGCACUUCUCUGCAUGUACACUCGGCCGGCGACGAGGGCAGAUACAAGCCCAUUCCCAAUCCCAUGACCCUCGCAUUUGCCCGCGCGUCCCUCCUCGACCCCUCGUCGGCCGAUCACCUCCCGCUGGACAUGCAGCACUAUAAACUCCUCGAGGACAUGUUCACGUCAGACCAAGCGCGCUUCGCGGGCACGCAUCAACUCGUGCAAGACUGGGCGGCGGAGUUUCUCCGGAUCGUCGCUACGCGGCAACAUGUGGCGAGCGGGGAAGAGGCGAUGGCUCUCCGGAUCAUCGAGCUCGAGGCCGGAGAUGCGGACAGGGAGGAACGGAAGGCUUUUACGACGCAUCAGGCGAAGCAAGUGUCUGAGCUGUCUGAGCGGGUGAAGGCGAUGGAGGCGAGGGCGGCCAAGCAACAAGCGGAGGAGAAGCAGAGGAGGGAUGCGGAAGCCAGGAGAGGAACGGAAUUGGCGGACCUGCGGAAAGAAGUGGAGAAGGCGCAUAAGGAUAGGGAUGAGGUGCGGGAUGCGGCCAAAGAGGUUGUGACGAGAUUGGAGGAGAAGCAGGCAGAGUUGGAAGAAGCGAGGGAGAUGUCAAGAGAGUAUCUCAAGACGAGAGAUGAUGAGAUUGAUAAGAAAGAGGAGGUGGCUAGGGAGAGAGAUGCGCUGAGAGCGAGGGUACAGGAGUUGGAGGGGACGGGGGCGAGGAAGCGGUAG